AAAGAAGAUCCUACCUUUCGUCGGCAGUAUUUGUACAUUCGUAAGCAGCUGCUAUCCAAACGCUAUGGUCCAUCGGAAUCUUCUCAACUCUCAAGAAGCCGAAGUGCAAGCACCUACAGUAGACUAAGCUCAUUUGAUACAAGUUUUGAUUCAUUACCCAUUGACCCUGGUGAUUUAUCACAUGGCUAUUCACCAAACAGACCCACCCAUCGGCGAUACCACAGCAGUGGUUCAUUCAAGUUUCUGCCACCACCUGAGAAAACUGAAUCCCCUCCUCGAGGUGUAGUGCCAACACGCAAGGCAGAGGCAAGCAGGAAAAUGGCAGGCAACACUACACUUGGUGAGAACUAUGCAUUUGGGGGGAUGUACCACAUCUUUGACCAACAUGCAGAGGCUGUUACAGCAAUAAAAUUUGCACAUGAUGAUAAGUACCGUCUGGCCUGCAGCUCGGCAGAUGCUACACUCUCCGUGUGUCUUUUGAUGCCUUCUCCACCGUCUGUGUUAUGUACCUUGCGUGGCCACUUGGAAGUUGUAACAGAUUUUGAUUGGUCAGUGACAAACUCCUUUAUCCUCUCCUCAUCGCUGGAUACCACGUGCAGGAUUUGGAAUCCUUUGUCAGGAAGGUGCUUGCGCGUUGUGACAGACUCUCAUGCUUGUGGUAUUACAGCAUGUAGAUUUCAACCAUGCAACAACAACAUGUUUAUCGGAUCAAUCUAUUCAUUCUGCUUUGACAUAUCAUCAGGAAGGAUUCACAAAUCAAAACGUAUCGUUGUGUCAGAAGGAAAUCCCGUCACCUCCAUUGGUUACCGCAGCUGGAUCAGCCGAGAAGCACGUGACCCCAUGCUUCUUGUUAACGUGUGCUCUGACAGGCUCUGUUUGUACAGCGUUACAGACGAAGUAGGAGGUCUGAAACCAAAAGCCAAGUUCCCCAUCUCACAGAAGACUAAAGGCAUAAGAAGCUCUUUCUGUCCUCUGAUGUCAUUUAGGCAGGGCGCAUGCGUAGUGACAGGAAGCGAAGACAUGGCUGUGUACUUCUUCGACGUCGAACGGAAAGACAAGCCGUGUGUCAACAAACUGAUGGGACACUCGUCUCCAGUCCUUGAUGUAUGUUGGAACUACGAUGAGAGUCUGUUAGCGUCCUGUGAUACCGAGGGAACUGUUAUCGUCUGGAAACGCGAACAACAGCAACACAACAUGUGAAACGAGAAAGUAUGAAGCGAAGAUUUGAGAUUUGCUAUCCUCUCUUUUAGGACACAUGGCUUCCAAAGGAACAAAUAUAUGCCGAAAAAUAGAAAAUAUAUAUAUUAUGGUAAUGAGAAAUAAUUCAAAUCAAUCUAAUUAGUCAGAGUUUCAUACAUAUAUGUAACAAGAGAUUGAAAGACUACAUUGUGACUCUAAAUAGAUUGGUUGAGACCGGCAAAGACUAUGGGUAGAUAUUUUUACAUGUUUUGCCGACCGCUUAAUAAUUAUUGAUAGAUUUGAGAUCUUUUACUAGUUACGUUUACUAACCUACCUCCUGUGAGCAUCAUCAAGCUACAGUACGUAUCAAAAAGCUUCACUUGUUUGAUAUGAAAUAUUUCCCAUGAUCUUCAGCGGUCACAGCUUUCUAGGUUUUUGAUGACCAACUUUAUUGAUUGGUUCGUCCUGGUCGAUGAGGAAGCCUUUGAAGUGUCACAAUAAUUUUAAAAAAAGCGGUUGUGACACUUAAAAGGUUUCCUCUUUGCGGCCAAUCGAGACGAAGACUUCUUUAUCAACCUAUUAAAACGAGCGAUUCGCCCUGUGAUACUUUCCUUCUCGACCAAUCAAAUACACAGAAUAAGCUUGUUAUUGCGUUUCAUGGAUGGCUUACACGAAAUCGAUUAUUUCGGACAAGCUGCUUGAUAAUAGUAUGUACCGGAAAAAGCGAAAGCUAUAACAGUUUACCAAUGUCAUUAUUAUUAUACUGCGAAUAUAAUCAUAUCAAAACAGCCUAGCCGUAGCAAUUACGUUAGACCAUCUGUUGACAAUUAGUUGAGGUUUUUGAAUAAUAACAAAAAUUCUAUAUUGUUAAAAAAACAAGGAUGUUUUUUCGAGCAAGACAAAGUGGAUUGAAAACUGCAACAAAUUAUUUGAAAAUAAAUAAUAAAUAAUAAUGGAUUAACAGUGGAUUCCACAGAGUGACUAUUCUUCCACUGGAUUCCAAUUGGUAUUUAGAAGUUGAUUUUUACGGAGGGAGGAAAACCCGGAAAACCCUCGAAGCACAGGAGAGAACCAACAAACAACUUUACUCACAUACGACACUGUGGAAAAAGGAAGAAUGGUCUUCUUUACCUAAGUCUUACCUGGAAGUUUGCUCGGCAAGAAUCGACUAAAACAAAAACAUAGAAAAUUUGAGGCGAAAUAAUUGUUGUCAACAAAAUAAUUGGUCUUAACCAGAUGCUAUUUGAUUACAGUUUAAAUCGGAGUCGCGCAUCUGUUUGCAAAGUUGUGAUUUAUAGAGGGAAAGCGAAUCGCACGAAUUAUCUACGCUCGACGUAACCAAAGCUGUAACUCGUACUAUGUAACUAUACCAACGCUGCUACACGCUGCUGUAAUCUCAUAAAAUGUAAAUGUGUCACUAGAUAAUUGUCAUUAUACCAAUUCCUAUUA